AUGGCUACUUCUCGCGUCCUCGCCGUUCUCGGGCUCAUCUGCGUCGCCCUCUGCGUGGCUGGCGCGAGCGCACAAGCAACGCCACCGCCGAAGCCCACCAAGGCGCAAAUCAAAGCGGAGCUGAACAACAUGGCGACGAACAUCACGAAGCGUUACCCGCAAUACGCGAAAUACGCGAAGGACAUCAACAAGUACAUCGGCCUCGCGCUCAACUCCAAAUACGACUUCUCAGCCCUCGCGGAUGCCACCAUCCUCCUCCCCAGCGACACCGAAGCCCAAGCCCUCGCUAAGAAGGUCCCCGUUAACAGCAAAAACAUCCCCACCAUCUACAACAUCACUGCGUACCACAUCCUCCCGCGGAAGCAAACCGUUCCUCAGCUGAGCGCGCUCAAGAAGUCGCAGCCGCUGGCGACGCAGCUGAAGCAGGCGAUUUACAAGGUUUCGCCGCAGAAUGGUAACAACGUGUCGUUCGCCCAGGGGCCGAACGCGCCUGCUACCGCGUGGACGACCAUCCAGAUCGCGCGGCUGUACGCUGGGCCUUACUUCAUCGCGCAUGGAGUGAACAAGAUUCUCAUCCCCGCUGGCACCACCGUGCCCAAGUAA